AUGCAGCACUAUGGAGUGAACGGGUAUUCGCUGCACGCCAUGAAUUCUCUGAGCGCCAUGUACAACCUCCAUCAGCAGGCCCAGCAGGCCCAGCACGCUCCCGACUACCGGCCCUCCGUGCAUGCCCUGACCCUGGCCGAGAGACUGGCCGGCUGUACAUUUCAAGACAUCAUCUUGGAAGCCCGGUAUGGCUCCCAGCACCGCAAACAGCGUCGCAGCCGCACGGCUUUCACUGCCCAGCAGCUGGAGGCUCUUGAGAAAACGUUUCAGAAGACGCACUAUCCCGACGUGGUCAUGAGGGAGAGGCUGGCCAUGUGUACCAACCUGCCCGAGGCCCGAGUGCAGGUGUGGUUUAAGAAUCGUCGGGCCAAGUUCCGGAAAAAGCAACGCAGCCUGCAGAAGGAGCAGCUGCAGAAACAGAAGGACACAGAGGGGGCCCCCGGGGAGGCCAAGCCGGAAGGCCCGGUGUCCGAGCCCCGGCCCCCGACCCCGCCUGAGCCGGACAAGCAGGUCAGCACACCCGGCAUGCCCGGCGAGCCCUCUCUGGAGCUCCAGCUGGCCCUGUCGGAGCAGUCGGCCAGCGAGUCAGCCCCCGAGGACCAGGCCGACAGGGAAGAGGAGUUCCAGGAAGGUGCGGAGGAGCCCAGAGCCAACAGGAGCGUGGGGCUUGAGGACAAGGGGGCCGGAGGCAAGAGGGCCAGCCCCAAAACAGACUCUCCCCCGAGCGCCGCGGCGACCCCCGCGGGACCCCCAGGCCCAGCCCCGGCCCACUCUUACUCGUCCUCCCCGCUCAGCCUCUUCCGCCUCCAGGAGCAGUUCCGCCAGCACAUGGCCGCCAACAACCUGGUCCACUAUUCGUCCUUCGAGAUGGGGACGCCGUCGGCCGUGCCCUACCUGGGCGUGAACAUGGCUCCGCUUGGCUCCCUGCACUGCCAGUCUUACUACCAGUCGCUGUCUCAUGCCCAGCAGAUCUGGCCCUCGCCGCUCCUGCAGGCGUCGGCUGGCCUCCCAAGUCUGAACAGUAAAACCACCAGUAUCGAGAACCUCCGGCUGAGGGCCAAGCAGCAUGCCGCCUCCCUGGGCCUUGACUCCUUAUCCAACUGA